AGAGUGGGCGAGGGAGGAGGAGGGAGGCGGACUGUCACCCUCCCUCUCUCCUUUCCUCCCUCACACACUCCCUCAGACAUACACACACACACUCUCUCUCAGACAUACACACACACCGCCUGCCAUCAGCAGCGUCUGCCGGCUGCAUCCUCUGCUAAGGCUCCUCCAUCCUCUUCCUCCUCCUCUUCCUCCUCUUCCUCUGCGUCGUCUGCUCCCGACACUCUGACCGCUGCGGGACUCCUCUGUGUCUCUGCGGGGACGUUGUUGUGUCUCUUUUUUGGGGGGGAAAGAUCAACACCAUGGACAUGAUGGGGAACAAAGAGCGACGAGGCGUGAAUUUCAAAGGCUUGCUGAGGAGGAACUGGCUGCUGAUCGCCACCAUUAUAUCCGUGCUGCUCGGUACGUGGACGCUAUGAAUGCAUGUUGGUGUGUGCUGAAAGAAUGAGACGCUUUUAUCUCACUGAUGCCAUAUUUGCUUCAUCCUCUCUGCUGUUUAUUCCUGCAUCCUCCCCUUCUUUAUUUAAGCAUUCAGCGCUGCUCUCAGCUGCUGUCACAGUGGAAUAAAUCAUCCUCCUCUGCAGCUGCAUCCCUCUGCAGCAGCUUUUAAUGCAUGUUAGAGAAAGCACGCGUUUAAUUUGAUGAUUUCGAUCCAUAAAUUGAAUGCAGGCUGUGUGCAGCAGAUUGAGAUAGCCUCAGAGUGUCUGGACGUUUCUCAGUCAAACGUGACCAGACUGAGGGGACAGCUGAUUGUGCUCUGAGAGGCUCAGCACAGAGGAUGUAAAGUACCAGCUAUCAGCAGGUGCUCCAGACAUGAGGGCUUCAAAGGGCUUCAAAUGUUCCUCAGAUGUACCUUUAUCUCACACCUCUGACAAUUAAUUCAACCUGCAUGUCCUCUGAGCUCAUAAAAAAAAGAUGAACAAGCAUUUAUUCACAUUUCCUGAAACUUAAAUUAAAGCUCCUGUGAGGAACUUUUGCUUUAUGCCAGUUUUGGCGCCCCCCUGUACGUAUUUUGACCGUCAAGGUCCUUACACACUGGGGCCGACGGGGCGAAAUAUAGAACGCAAAAUUACGAAAUAUUCGGAGGCAAAUUUUGACACGCUUGACUAUACACAUCAAGCCCAAUGCGAUUUUGCGAUGGGGGGGGGGGGGGGUAAAGACUUUUGCCGGGGAAGGUCCCGCCUCCUGCGCCUCUGAUUGGCUAGAAAAGCUGGAGACAUCAUCACACACUCAAACCAAACGGUCAGCACUUAUAGCCAAUCAGAGGCGAUAAGCACAUGAAACUAUGGUAACAACCGUUAGCUUACGUUAGCACAGAUGAAAGUUAAAACAAAGACGUUUAGCAAACUGUAAAAGCACACAAACCAUCGUCAUAUGAGAGAUUCGAUGCUAUUACUCUCCACAAGUUGUCUUUCGGGUCUUUAUCUUUGUAAUGUUUGUGUCUUUUAUCAAAAAGCACUUAUCAAAAGUUCUCCGACACGUAAACAAUCAGCCGGUCGGCCAUGUUGGAUAUAGCGGUGAAUCAGACGUCGCAACAACACGCAAUCUGAUUGGUCAGAAGUGGACACACAGUCUGCGGAACUUUAAAAAAAUCGACUGCGAUCCGAAAAAACAAAUGCCGCAAUAUCGCAGGACAGGAAAAUGUCUCUAAUGUGAACGCUCGUACUGACAGGAUAUGGGUCAGAAAAAAAAUAUUGAUGUCCGAAUUAAUCGCACGACAAAAACGGUCCCGGUGUGAAAGGACUUUAAGAUGUAUCAUUUAAAAACAGACGGUUUCUGACUCUUUAGCUGUUUUCUUUCCAACUGUGAGACAAAAACAUUUCUUUCUUUCUCACAUUUGUGUCAGGAUUUCUUAUUCAUACAAAAAUCAAGUAAUUUCCUGUUGCUAUCUUUUACAUUAGAGGCUUUACUGGUGGCAAGUAAAACAUCUGAGAGAAGCUACACCUAAAAAGUAGAGAAAAUACAAAUUAACAGGAAAGGUUUGCGCUGUGGUUUGAUUUAAGCACCAAAUAUAUUGAUUAAUCUCAAUAAAUUCUUGAUUUUGGGCAAAGUGAGUACAUCAUUUAGGUAGUUUUAUUCAUUUUCUUCCUGUCAUGUUGGGUCUGUAAGUAUACCCUGAAGAGUUUAGUCUACACCAGCUAUUUUUUGUUGUGAACUGACACUCUAUAAGUACAGAUUGAUUGAUAAUCAAUGCAUGACAUAUUUUUGUUGUUGUUGUGCUGGUGGCACAUCCAGUGUUAGCUCUAUUUUCCUUAUGGCUGCUCUACUCUAGUGCAUGCAUUGACACAGGAGCCUCAUUGGUCAACAGAGCUGUCAAUCAUGAAAUUGUGCUUUUUUUAUAGCAUUAAGCUAAACUCAGAAUUAAAAACACUUGACACUAAACAACUAUAGUGACAGAAACUGUGUUUGAGAAUCAUUCAUUGGACCUGUAUUUGGAUUGCACAGUUUGACCCAUGUCCCAUCUGUUUACAUGGAGGAUACAGGCUCUAUAAGUAAACAAUCACCAGAGGGAGCUCCAGAUUUAUUAGGCUCUAAUUUGUCAGAUCAUACUGUCUAUCUUUAAGACUGCCAUUUCCUCUUAAGUUGAAGUUCUGUGCCUGAAAUUCCUGCUGCAGCCACCAGAGGUCUCCACUGUCUCCUAAACAUUACCUUGAGUUUUAGAAGUUUUUGGAUGAAGAAACUAGCUGUUUUCUUUUAUUUGAGGACUAAUUUUUAGAGCUUGCAGUGUAUUGAGAGGAUGGAUUUUUACAAAAACAAGCAGAGUUUGUAACCAAACUGUUUUCUCAGUCUUUAUGCUAAACUUGACUUUUUACUGAUACAAAAAAGCAAGAGAUAAAUCAAAAAAAAAGUCCCUUUUAGACCCAUUUUUUAGGCUUUUCUUGCCUUUGUUGAUGAAACAGCUGAAGAGAGGCAAGAAAUGUUGAGGGUGGAGAGUGGGAUAGAACAUGCACAAAAGAGUUUAAUUAGCAGCCUCUGCGAUGAAUGCUUCAGCCUCUAUAGCUCUGAUAGUUUGCGUUAAUCACAAGCUUAAACUAGUGCCCUGGGUUUUGAGAUUUUUUGCAGUUUUAGUUAUUUAGGGGUGUAUAUUAAGACAUUUUUAUAAACUAUGUUUGUCUACAGCAGCACAGAGUUUUUUGAAUCAGGAGAUAUUCAAACAAAUCCUCAAAUUUAAAGUCUUAAAUCUAACCUCCUGUCCCUGAGUGGGCCAAAAUCUUCCUUCAGUGCACACACAGAAGCUUUCUCAUAGAUUUGCAGAUUGAAAUUUGCACCGUUGACAUGCAGUUUGUUAAAGGUGUGAGGCAGAGCGCUUGGAAAUAAUUAAAGCCUUAAGUGCAAUCCUAAAGUGAAAAUCCACAGAGGAGGUAGCAAAUUUACUUUAUCUAAAGAGACUUUAUGGCUGCAGUAUAUAACCUCUAACUUUCAUCUGCAGGAACACAUAUAAAUAUUUGUACAGUGACCAUAAAACCAGCCCCAUUUCUUUGCUCUCUGUCGUUUAAAGGAUGGUAAGUAAAAAUCCCCCCUGAGGUCCACAUUUCUUCCAGCUCACCGUCCUUGGUUUUAACUUCAUACGGGUCAGUUUGAGUCAGUGAAACUGCUGUGAAAUCAUGUCAGAUAGUUAUGUAAUCAUGAUAUGAAGGGAACAAUGUAGUCGCUGAAUUCACACAUGCACAAAACUUCACUUCUGUAAAAUUUCAGAAUUUUUCAGGAUGUGAAUGCAAACAUUUGCAAAUUUUUACAAUCAUCUUAUGGAGGUCUGCUCUGCCUGAUAACACAGAUGAUGGUGUGCACAGUGCAUUAAAUCAAAGAAUUUACAGCUGUAAGAUAUGAGCCAGUGUGUGCCAGGCCUCAUUAAUUCUCUCUGAAUAAAACCUCACUGACCGUGACAGGGGACAGUUUGUAAUGAGGUAUCAUUGGUAUUAACCAUGCUCAUAUGUAGGAGUCGUUCUUACCUGGUCGGUUUGAUCUAACUCUCUCUUUGCUGUGGUGCUUUCAGGGAUCAGUUUGGGCGUCGUGGUCAGAGAGUAUGCCUCCUUCACACACCUCCACAAACAGUACUUUGGUUUCCCAGGAGAGGUCCUGAUGAGGAUGCUGAAGCUUGUCAUCCUCCCGCUCAUCAUUUCAAGCAUGAUAACAGGUAACUACAACAUAGAUACUUCAGUAAUAGAGAUGUGUUGUGAUGAUAGCAACAUGUGGUGACAUACAAUCUCAGCAAACAUCAGCUCAAAGUAUCCUAAACAUUAAAACUGUUAUCGAACCUGUGGUAGUCAGAGUCUGAUGCUUUUUUUGUGGCCCUCUUUCAGACCUGCAGAGUAACAAGGAAGUGUCUAUUUGGCACCAGGUUUAAGAAUCUCAUAUUCAAAUGUUUACUGGUACCCCUCUACAUCUGUUUCUAGUCACCCUGUAACUGUUUUAUCAAGAAAUACCCUUUAAAUCCAGUUUUUAAAGUACCCCUCAGUCAGGGUGACCAUACGUCCUCUUUUACCCAGACAUGUCCUCUUUUUCGGGGGCUCCGGCCUGUCUGGCCUUGUCUGGGGCAGUUUAUAAAAUCCUUUAAAUGUUGGCGGUUUUAUAUGGAAGUUUUGAGUUUGUGUCACAUAGACUCAUUGAGUUAGAAGCGCGUAAAAAACACUUGACCCAACCCGAAAAGCUCUCUAAAUUUACUACACGUGACUCUGUGACUCCGCCCCUGCGACAUCGUCCACGCAUAGACAUGUCCUCUUUUUUUGGGAUUCAGAAUAUGGUCACCCUACCUUAGCGAUCCCUUAGCAGCUGUUUUAAGGUACCCUUAGCAACUUUUAUGAGGUUUCACUUUUAUCCUGUUGUAAGGUACCCUUUAAGUUCAUUUUUUACAAAAAGAUGAUAAAUCUUAAGGGUAUUUUAAGAUACCCAUUACAGUUCCUUUUCGAGGUACCCUAGCCAACUGUUUUGAAGUAUCCCUUUUGUCUCAAGUCUGAUUACCCUGAAAUUUUUGAAGGUUUGGCCAAGAUAGCACCUAUUGAGUUCCUGUUUUGAACAACCCCCCAGUGAAUGAUCAUGGAUACUUUUACACAUCUGUUUUAAAGUACCCUUAGUAACUAAAGGCUUUUAAGAACCCUAGUUCCACUGAAGUUGGGGCAUGGUGUAAAAACAGAAGACGAUCAUUGGUGAAUCGUUUCCCACCUAAAUUCAACUGAAUACACUACAAAAACGAAAUAUUCAAAACUCCACUUUCAUGGUAUCCUUUGCACCAGGAUUGAGGUUUCCUUUAUGACUAUUGUGAUGCACCCUCAUGACUGUUAAAUGUACCUUUUUUAUCAUGACUCUGGGGACCUUUUAGUGUUUCAGGUAUUUCUUGGUGGCUGGUAUUAGAUAGGCAGUUACAGUAGUUUAUUUCAGGGUACCUUUUGGUGCCUGUUUUAAAUGACCCUCUGGUGGUUAUUUAGAGGUACCCUUCAGUGUCUGUACCCUGCCUGCACUAUUAAAGAUAGGUGAGGUCAGUUUUGGUGUUCCCUUUGGAAAUCUCUGUUAAUGAGAUGAAAUCUAAGUGUGUCAGAUUGAUAAGAAACUUUAAGGUUUUGUUUCAGCCCUGGUGUCUGCAGAUAAGAAACCUUUAGAGAAGGACUAUCAUUGAUGAAUAACAGUGGGAGUGGAUAAGACAACCGAUACAGCAGGUGACUGUAGAAAAAUACUCUUUAGGAGGUGAAUUACUUCCUCUCUGAGUUUAAUCCUUUCACCACAUCCACAGCAGAGUGUCACUGAUCCCUGCUGGGAUUUAAUUAGGCCGAUUGUAGAUGUAGUUAAGUCUUAUGUCUGCCAUUGAAAAUUUCACAGCAGCUUCAAAAGGAUCAUUUACUGUGACGUCUGUGGAUUAUAUUCUGCUGUUUCUUCCGCUGUUUGUUCAUGACAACAUGUCCUGCAUUGGUUGGUCAUGAUUAAUAUUUUCCACCUGGAUUUCCCUGGAGAUCAAUCGGGCUGGUUUUUAACUGUUACUACUGUUAGCAUAUAAACACUCUUAAUGCCUGAAAUUUGUCAUGGGUGAUGUGGAGCGUUGGUGCCCAAAAUGCAAAACCAGACUGAGGAAAGGUAAAUUUUGGAGGUAAUGUGGGUGAGGAGAGGGUCCAGAUUUCAAGAGAGUGUGCUGGGUUGUGGGAGAAUCCAAUAACACCAAAAAUCUUCAAAAGUCUCAUUAGAGCUCUUGAGAGGGCCAUUGUACUGCAAUGAGAAGGUGAUAAUACUGCAGGAUGGAUACAGGUGGGUCUACUCAGCCUCAGCGUCUCAGGUGGGGGAAGGGAGCAGCCUCUGGAAAAGGUGAAGUGAGAAGCAGACAACCCACACAGGAAAUGGGAUCCCAAACCAAAAUAAAAUGUGCAAAGCCCAUGCUCACCACAGAAAUUUAUGUUCAAACUCUGCUUUGACCUAAUUAUUCUGAUUCACGGCCACUGGAUUUGGUAGCCACUGUCCCAACACACCUGAUAGUACAGGCUUUAUAUUCUGGUUUCUAUUAAAUCCUAUGUUCUCUGUCCACAGGUGUUGCAGCUCUGGACUCUGAAGUAUCAGGAAAGAUUGGUCUGCGAGCUGUAAUCUAUUACUUCUCUACGACUAUCAUUGCUGUUAUUCUUGGUGAGCUCAUGUAACGUGAUUUUUUGUUUACUCCUCUUCCAGCUUUCAAUAAUUAACAUUGUUUAUAUCAGUGAUAUCAAAAAAUGAGUUCAACCUCUCUGUGUCUCCUUUUCCAGGUAUUAUCUUGGUGAUGACCAUCAAACCUGGGGUCUCUCAGACGGCCGAGCACAUCGACAGAUCUGGGACCACACCCAACGUCACUACGGUCGACACUCUCCUCGACCUCAUCAGGUAACUUCAGACCACUAAACAUGAGGAAGCCUGAUCUACUAACCUGGUUUCUCUCUGAGAGAUACUAAACCAGACGGUUUCAUGCCCAGCUCUUUUCUUGUCAUGGUUGAUUUUAUCUGUGGUUUUUAUAAACAGCGUAAAGACAUACUAGUGAAAGUCUGGCAUUUUAUUAACUGGGUUUUAGGGACAAAAAUAAACUCAAAGCUCUCAAAGUGAAGAAAAUAAUUGAUGUAUGUUUCCUUUAAGUAGAGUUAAAUAGAUUUUCCUAUCAAUAUUAUAAAGUUGGACGGACAGCCAUGCUUUGUUUUUAAGACUGAAGAGGUUUUACGUUCAGUAAAUGUUUAUGAUGCAGAUUUCAAAUCAUGAGUAAUUGUUUGUAUUAAUCGAUCAUAAUAAUUAUAAAUAGGUUUUUUGUCCAGAUUGAGCAGCACUAGUCGGUUUUUCAAAUAAAACCCUCUUUGAAAAAAAAAAAAAUCCAACACAUUAAGAGAAUUCAAUUUUUUAACCUACACAGAUUUUGUAAAAUUGUGACACACUCUGUCCUGUCUUUCUUCUCCAACAGAAACAUGUUUCCAGAGAAUCUGGUGCAGGCUUGUUUUCAGCAGGUAACAGACCUUCUUCUUGGAUAAUUGCUCAUUAAAAUUUACCUUAGGGUCUCAUGGUGACAUUGUGUGUUUUCACGUUUCAGUACAAAACCAAACGCAAAGAGCUGGAGCCUCCCAAAAUUCAAUCCAACAACACCAUCCCUACAAUCCCCCCUCUUACAACAACGAUAGCCUCGGUUGUUGAGGUAGGUGAGCACAAAGCCUGUUAAGAUGCAUGACGCUAUUUUCCUGUUCAAGUAUUUGAAGCUCCUCACUCUCUGCUCAUCAAACUGCGAUGUUUUGGGUCCCCCUGUGGUCUCUAAAUCACUGUUUUAUGAGCCUUUGAGGUCAGUUAAUGAAGUGAGACGUUCAUAAAGAGUCAGAUUAAGGGGGUCGACCAAUGAGACAUUUUAAUCUAGAAGACACAAGCAUCUUUCUCAGGAAUCAGUAACGAAAAAUGACCUCUGAAUGACCUCUGAAUAAUGAGAGACGUCAGGACUGCUGGCAGGCCAGUUCAUCAGCAGGACUCUUCUACUACAGAGCCAUGCUGUUGUAAUUCCUGUAGUAGCAUGUGGUUUGUCAUUGUCUUGCUGAAAUAUGAAGGUCUUCCCUGAAAAAAUCAUUGUUUCAGUUUCAGCAUUUAAUUUGUAUGUGGCACCGGGUACAUUGGUCCGCAUCAUCCAUUAACCUGUUGGCGUUUUGAGCGUCACAUACCAACAAAGAUCGCCUUGUUGUAUCACCUGCUGCUCUUAAGGUUUCAUGUUUUUGCCCCUGAAAACCACUGCCUGAUCUGAAAGUAACCGAGGACUCAAUAAUGAGUCUUAAGUGGCCGUGGGUUCACGGUCAGCGAUCCUGUAAAGAAGCUCGUCAGAGUCAGAUAACGUGGCUGUGAGAGCAGCUUCCUGCCUGCCUGGUGUCAGUCAGCUGAAUGAAUCACCUUCUUGUUUCUCUACAGAAUAUAACCAGGGACUAUAAAAUCGUGGGGUCGUACUCGGAUGGAAUAAACGUGUUGGGGCUCAUCGUGUUCUGCGUUGCUUUCGGUCUUGUCAUUGGGAAGAUGGGCGAAAAAGGCCGAAUCCUCCUGGAGUUCUUUGAUGCCCUGAAUGAAGCCACCAUGAAAUUGGUCCAGAUCAUAAUGUGGUAUGUAUAAAGACUUAAUUAUGUGCAGAGGCUCCCAAAGGGAAUAAAGAUUAAAAGUGGUGAUAUGGCUCUGAGUGAUUAAAAACUUUAAAACUGGCCUGAACCCAAACUUCACUGAUAUGAACAAAUCAAAGUUUUUCUCCCACAGAAUCAAAGUGAUGUUUUUACCUCCAAAAAUAAUGUGAAGGCUCCUGUGAAGAGUUGUUAAGCUAGUGAUAAGAUGAGGGGACAGCUUUAGUGUUUAUUCUUUCAGAUAGAGGGUCAAAGCAUUAAAGAGUGUACCAAAGUGUACCCCUCAAGAGUCAGAUGUGUUGUUGUUUUCCAUCACGGAGACAGGAGAAAACCGGAUGACACAGUUACAAACACAGAAACAAAAUAAGACACUAUUAAAUGGACCUUAAUUGCAUUGCUCGACUCCAGCAUAAUCCUUCUUUGUGUUGUUUUUGGCACAUAAACAUUACAUUUUGAGCACACCAUCUGCAGCUGCUGCACACUGUUUGACUCAAACUCCAUCUGUUUACAGCUACAUGCCAGUCGGGAUCCUGUUCCUAAUUGCUGCUAAGAUCAUCGAGGUGGAGGACUGGGAGAUCUUCAGGAAAAUGGGUCUUUAUAUGGUGACGGUGCUGAGUGGGUAAGCUGUCCCAUUACUGUGUAUCCGCUUGUUCCAAACUCGGGGAUUUAUGGCUGACAUUUGGGCCGAUUCUUCCUCCAGUGAUACAGUAAAAUCGGAGCUCUGUGCGGGCGCUGAUAAGGGCCAAGGACAUUUAAAACUGCUCAACCUGCAGAUGCAGUAAUGAAAGCUGUGCUCAGGCCUCUAAAUCUCAGUGACACCAAUAAAGAGUGUACAGUAAAUCCCAUCCAGGCAGGUCACAGGGUUAGACCAAGGUUCUGUGUGUCCCUGUGAUGGCAGCAGCACACUUUGUUGUAACGUUCAGAGUGCAGCAUCAGGGCCUAUAAACUCGUUUUAUUCACUAUCUCUGAAGGACUUUAAAUCACAGUCACUGUAAGUAAGACUUUGAUGUGGUACGAGGGAAAAACACACACAGAACUCCUGCUCUUCAUCUUUGAAAUUUCAAAUAUGUUAAACAUCUAUUUAAAAAAAAAUCAGCUACUGUUAAAAAUGUCGAUAAAACCCGAAUUUGAUGGUUUGCAAAUUAUUUAGACCCCUAAUUUCACUGGAAAUACUGAAGAGAUAAUAUAAAUGAUUGGCACUAAAGAUUUGAUAGUUUUAAGAAACGAUAUGCAUAAUGCAGUGUCUAUGAUAUCCUUUUGUGAAAGCAAAAACUGUCCUCUUGUCGAGGCCAGCCAGACCCCACUGACAAAAACUGUCAUUUCAAACAUGCUGCUGCCUCAGCUGGUUAGUUAGUCUGUGUCCUGUUAUGAUGCACACACAUUAUAUUGGAUAAAACCAACAAUUUUUAAACACCGAAGUUACCCAGUUACACAAACUAAUUGACCAGUUGAGGCCGGGUGUAAACAAACAGCUCUAGUGUUCUUGGAGCAUGUAGUUUAUGUUUCUGUAACAGGGGUUUGGUGGCUCGGUAAAAAAGCGCAUCUAUCUUUUUAAGAGCCUUAAAUUGUGUGUGUUUUUUUUUUAUUCAGUAUCAUGUGAUUUAAUUUAGACUAACCGCCUGUAAAUGAUGUCUGCUUUGUCCUCCAGUCUUGCCAUCCACGCCACCAUCUGCCUUCCCCUCAUCUACUUCAUCAUCGUGAGGAAGAACCCGUUCACCUUCACGCUGGGGAUGGCUCAGGCUCUAGUAACGGCGCUCAUGAUCUCUUCCAGGUGAGAACCAACACCUGACUUUUAACAUACAUCCUCUAAAAGCAACAGAACUCUCCAUCUAACUCUGAGAUCAUCAAAUCUAACUACUGCCUUGUUUUGCAGCUCUGCCACUCUGCCUGUCACCUUCAGGUGUGCCGAGGAAAACAACCGCAUUGAUAAGCGCAUCACUCGCUUUGUCCUCCCAGUGGGUGCCACCAUCAACAUGGACGGCACAGCGCUCUACGAGGCGGUGGCCGCCAUCUUUAUCGCCCAGCUGAAUGACUAUGCUCUGGAUGUGGGCCAGAUUGUUACAAUCAGGUACGCAGUGACUUGGGAACAUUAUAAAAUGCUCAGAGAGCUGUGAAAUAACAUCACGUUAGUCCUGAGAUUAUAGACUCUCAUGGAAAUUGAGAAAACACAUGACAAAAGUAGGAGGACAGUAAGUCAAGAAUGAGUUUAUACAGCCUGCAUUUCACUGGACUUCAUAGUUAUCGGAUGAGUCAUUUAGACCUGAAACAGAGUUUGACACCAAAAUAAGAACAAAGUCCAACAAUCUCUAAUCCAAAAAUCAGGAAGAGGACGAGAAGGAGGCCAGGCAGGUAAACAAGAAAGUAGGACUGGGCAAAGUAGGUAAACUGAUUAUAAAUAAGUACGAAGCAGGUUUUUUUCUGUUAAAUCUAAACAAUCAAACUGACAGAACCUACAUUUACCAGGAUUACACUGAAAGACUGAAAGACUAACUAAACAAAUUCAAUUUGGCUGCAUUUUUGAAUGGAUUCAAUUAUUAACAUGAUUCUGGAGUGAAUCAGCUCCAACCUACUGAACUGAGAGGGCGAGAGGAAAUGAGAUCACAGUGAAUCUAUUCAGGAUGCCAGUAUUUAGAAAGGCUGUAGAGGACGCGCACACAGAAAGAUGGAAAAGACAAAUGUCCUAAAAAGUUGGAUCCAUUUUAUUGCUAGAAUCAAACAAAUGACCAGUAAAUGUUUCAGUCUCAAUUGAUUAUCAUCAGUGCAAUAGUGAGAGGUCUGUCUGAGUGUGUCUUUGAGUUCUUCUCAGUAAGGCUGGAGAGUUCAAUUGGACACACCUGGAGCCCUUAAUUGGACACAGCUGGAGCCCUUAAUUAGACACACCUGGAGCCCUUAAUUGGACACAGCUGGAACCUCUUAUACAAAGCCAGGGUGUGGCCCAUUAAGGGCUCCACUGUCACACACGACAUCAUAGCAAUACAAAACAAAUCCAUGUGAUUCACUAUGGACCCUGAGUCUGAAAUAAAGAAUAUUCUAUUUUAUUCUAUUUACAUACAGAAGCCAUGGACCUACAGGUAAUUAUUUACAUCAGUGGAUACAUAUGGACUGGAAAUGGGGUUAGCUAGUGCAAACAGAAGCACUCACCUAUGGUUUGAAUUCUUCAUUCAAACCAUAGGGAUCUUAUCUGGCACCAGAAGCAAGACUACUAGGACUGAUGUUAUCUAGAGUCAUACAGGGUUUAUUUAACAAUGCAGUCUUUUACUGCAUGUAUUAUUUGUUAUUAUAGUAUAUAUAAGGAGGCUUUAUAUUUAAAAUGUGUGGUGUGUAGUGAGGAAAUGAUGUGUUUUCACUUUAGUUUUAAUGUUUAUUUCCACACAAAACAAGCACUGUCAUCCCAUCCCUCCUGUCACUCAGUGUGAUUUAAACUGAUCUAGUUUUGAAGACCAAAAUGCCAGUUCGUACUAUUAAUGGAGUUGCACAUGUUGUACUCAAAUUGGCCUCCUCCUGCCAGUGCGGGAAUCACCUUUUGACAGUGUUUCUGAUGCAGAAGACUACAUUUCCUCUCAUUUUUUGAAAAUAGACAAGUGUUUUCUCACUGAUUUUGUUAAGGAAACCUGCAGCUCUAAGGAGUUUUCUUAAACACUGUUGUUAAUGUGUUAUAGAGACACUAUAUUCUUGUGUAUAAUUUUGGUAUGACAGUAUAUGAUGUGUUAAUGUACAUUAGUCAGUCUGACGUUUCAGUAUAUUUGUUUAGGGUAGGUAAUACAACAAGAUAAUACUUAAUUGGUCAUGGCGCAGGGUUGAACAACAGAAAAAGGACCCAAAAAUGCAGACUCAAAAAAGGAUUUAUUAAAAAGAAAAGCAACAAAAACUUACUUUAAAAAUGUCUAGCUGAAAAAUCCAAAGGCAAAAAAAAAAAAAACACAAGGAUCAAAACCUAACAAAAAGGCACUGGGGAAAAAUAACCAAGGAGACUAGGGAUUCACACAUAGACUACGACUGACACAUAUUAACCAACAAAGAAACAGGGGAUGACAGGGACUAUAUAUACACACUGGGAAAUGAGCAACAGGUGAGGCAGACGAGACACAGGUGAAAGUCAUGGGUGAUAAUUAGAAGGAGGGAAAACUUCAGAAGUAAACCACACAAGAAACGCAAAGAAUCAACUGCUACAAAAUAAAACAGGAAACACUGAAGAAUAAAGAGUAUAAAGAACAAGACACUGAGAACAGGAGGGAAACAAAGUCAAACACAAACUGAAAACUCACAAGACAAAAUCACAGGAACAUUAGGGAACAGAAACAUUAGGAAAUUACCUGCCAGAAUAACCAAUACAUUACUAAAAUGAUUAUUUAAAGCCCUCAAGAAAGGCAAGCACACAGAAACAAGCACAUAUGGAGUCAAAUUACAGGGUUACAGGAAAUACAGAUCAGUUAAUCUUGGAAAUAAUCUGCUUCAACUUAAAAAUGUGCAAAUCUUUGUGUUUCAGUAUAACAGCGACAGUUGCAAGUAUUGGAGCAGCAGGAGUCCCUAACGCUGGGCUUGUUACCAUGGUGAUAGUCUUAACAGCUGUUGGAUUACCUGCAAGUGAUGUCACCCUGAUUGUGGCUGUGGAUUGGCUGCUGUAAGUUUGUCUUCUUAGUUUUGAUUCUAUUGUAAGAGCGAUGCUCUGGACUGACUGUGAUUGGUGUGUUUCAGGGACCGUUUCCGCACCAUGAUCAAUGUCCUCGGCGAUGCAUACGGAGCUGGAAUCGUCCAGAAACUGUCCAAGAGGGAACUGGAGAGGAUGGAUCUGACAUCAGAUGUCGAUGUCGCCAACCCCUUCGCUUUGGAGGCCACUUUGGAUGAUGAAGAGUGCGAGAAGAAAUCCUACGUCAACGGUGGUUUCACAGUUGAUAAGACAGAUGCGAUCUCAUUUACUGAAACCUCCCAGUUUUAGCCUCUGGCCGGCUCAGAGGAGCAGAGAAGUGCCACGCUGCUAUGGAUGUAAAACCUUCCAUCUUAUAUCAGCAUCAUGAGGAGAGAGGAAAACUAUUUGAACCAGCCCCAUCUGAGCUCAGACGUCAGCAAUAGCAGCCUCCAUUAAGCUUACCCAAGAUGAUCACGCUUCAUGUCGGACAUUUACAACCACGACUAGAUUAAAGUGCUUCCUUCUUAAUCUCAAAAUGUGCCAAGAUGAAGAAAAGUCAGUUUUCUUUUCAAUAAGAGUCUGCUCUUUCUCAGAGGAAGAGCUGUUUGAGUGUGAGUGCAUGAGGACGUUCUUUUCAGGUGUUUCAGAGGAGUGUGGAUGUUUUUUUGAGAAAAUUAAAUAUCUAUUAAAAAUCAGUUAAAGCAAAGCAGUAAUCCUGAUGUGAAACAUCACUUUAGUACUUAUCUACUCCCUUAUUAGAUAGUUAUUCCCUCAGAUUUAUAAAUGACCUUUUUUGUGUGGCUGUGUCAAAUGUCUAUGUCCCAUAAUGCACUGCUUGUAUAUCUAUCUGUACGUUUAAACUGUGCCAAACAUAUACAGAAAGUUUUUACGAAGCUGCAUGAAGCAACAUGUUAAAGAAAUGCUAACCGCUGGCUGCAGGAUGCAGAUUUUUUAUGAGACUUCACUGAGACUGGAAACGUUAAACCGAGGCUUAUGAAGUCAUGAACACUGUGAACUUUGAGGACAUUUUUUCAGAGCCAAAUCACUAACAUUCACUGCUUUUAUUUUGAAAAUCAUAGCUAUAAAUAGUGUCUGUGUUCCGGCAGUGUGGGAGACAUCAACCUUUUUUGAAUGUCACUGUUAUGAAGGGAUAUUUCUGCAUUUUUGAAAUGUGGUUGUAGGAGUUACAUGUCCCAUGUAAGUGUAUCAGCCGCGAGGGAUGUCAGUCAGCUCGGAUCCUUUAAUGAGAAGCUGCUGGGAGGGCUGGUGUGCAAGCUAGGCUGCAGUUUUUUGUAGACAAGGCCAACUCUGACCCAAACACUCAUCUCUGUUUGAGUAUAUGCUCAACUGAGGAAUUUUCCAGUGCUUUUCUUUUGGUGUAGAUAGCCUAUUUGUUUUUGCACUAAUUGCAAACUCAUACAAGGGAGACAAAAUGCCACCAAACUGCAUAAUGAGUGCUGAUGACAUGCUGAAAAUUAUAAUCUGUGGUACCCAAGGUUAUGCAAAACUGAAAUGCAAAAGUCAUGAUGUAUCAGUCACUCGUACAUCUUACCUGAUUUAGUCCUUCUGCUAGAAAGUGUGGCGGUAUCAGGUCUGCAAAUAGUGCAAAAGUAAAUGUCUUAUUUAAAUGCUGAAAAGUUCCUCAGGAGAAAUACACUUAAAACUGAGAUGAGUAUUUGGGUCAAAGUCUCUCUAGAUGAGCUAAAUUACAUGGGAGAUGACCCCGUCUGCAGAAGACUGUAGCCUAGCUUGCGUACUGGUUCUCCUGGCAUUUUCUCAUCAAAGAGGGCGGAGCAUACUAGCAUCCAGUUGGCUAAAACACUCACUAGCAACAUGUUACUCAGACUACCUCACUUUAGAAAUACUGAAUUAUCCCUUUAAUUGUCACCCUAAUGGAUUUAAAGAUGUGAAGACACAAGAAAGGGUGAAUAAUUUUGAUUUCUUAUUAGCAGUUUUGCUUCUAUAUUUCCACUGUGGUGUAAGGGCUUCACUAUGACACAGGUGCAUUAAGUUUGGCUGCCUAAAAUAAAACAUUGAUUCACCUGAAACACAGACAGCAGACUGUUGUGUGGAAGAGAAAGAGCUGUCUGAGGGGAGACACAAAACAAGACCUCCAAUUUAAGGUAUUUGUACUUUCAGCUUAAUGAAAAUGCAAACCCAUGUGCCAAUUUAUAGAUCAGAGUUCAGUACUUCUAUAUUCACAUCUUUAAAGGGUGGUUGAAGCAUUUCUGCAACCCCAGAAUGCUGCAGGGGCUUCAUUGGUCGACAGAACUGUCAAUCAUGUUCUUCUUUCCCCCCUUCCUACUGUCACUUUACACAAUAUUCAUGAAGUAACUUGACAAAAACAUUUAAUUUCUUCUUUCUCCUGAGUAAAUUACAAGGCCAAGAGAAAAGGGUGAGAUUCAGAGAAGGUUUAGCAGAGGGUCAAGAUUUUUGCAACCUACUUCAUCAAUUUAAAUACUGUUUCGGAUACACCUUCAGAAUAAAAGCACUGUGCAAAAAGAGGGUGGUCUCAGAACAGAGAUAACCAACAGGGCUCUUUGAUUGAUCCCUGAGAAAAACAGGCAAGUCGUUUUUAAUUCUUAGAUUUUUGCCAGCAGACCAAAAGUUCUGACUUGGUAACUUGCUCACCAAUAUGAAGCUUUUGCAGUGUGCGUGAACCAAGUAUAGGCCUCGUAAAGGAAACAUGUUUCUGUUUGGCAAAACUCAUCAGUGCACAAUCAGUUGCCAAAUGACAAAUAUGAGUGACUGUUGAAUUUAUAUUAGAGCUCCUGAUGUCAUUCCAGCUGCUCUUUAAGAAGAAACUGCAAAAAACAUUAACUUUUUUUGUUUAACAUGAGUUUUGAGUUCAGAGUUUAACCCAUGUUUCAUCUGUUUACAUGGAGAAGGUGGGCUUUAUGGCAUACAAUACAAGAGCAAGACAUUUUGGUUUCACUUUUGGGGAGAUGUUAGGUAGUCCAGAUGGACCACAGUCUGUGGUGUAUGUACACGUUAAUGAGUGUCUCCUGAGCCGGUCUCAUUAUCAGUAAUCUGGGUCUAAUAAUCACUUUCACUGAUUCUUGCUAGAAGUAAGAGAAUUUAUUCAGCAGAGACAGACUCUGCAUCACCACAACAAAACCACUUCAAGCCUCCAGCAGGCAGUUUGUUGUGUAGACUGUCAGGCGGGUGUGCAGGCGACAAAUAAAUCUAUCAAAAUCCACAAGCAAUCUUGAUUUAUCAGCAGACCUUUAAUGGGAAUGUGUUAAAAGGCAGGUUGUCUUAGAUAGAGAGUGAAAGAGGUAACCUGCACUGCUCUAUAUUCAAGGCUGUGGCGAAUUUACGCUGGAAAACAGUUAUUAAUCACGUUGGCUGUGGCUAAGCUACGUUAAUUAUUCAGUACAUUAAGUAAGAGGAAAUAUUUAAUCUUUUGUGAUCUACUGAACAAGCUAGGCAGUGAAAGUUAGCUGCUGAAAGACAUGCAGGAAUUCUCUAGAAGUCAAUCAGCAUUUCUUUGGAGAAAUCACAAAAAAACUAAUUUGUGAUCUUCUUAGCUCAGUGCCAAAUUCUCAUCUUAAAGCAGCAGCCAAGGUGUCAAUACUCUGCAAUAACAGCAGCUUCUUAACAAUGCAAUAUUAGCUACUGCAUAUACUUCUUUAUCCUUUAGCUUAAUCCUUCACCAAGUGCAGCACAGGUGUUUCAACAGAGGUCACUAAGUGUCGCUUUGCUCAUUUUUAAAGACCUGUCAGUAACUUUUAGCCAAAUUUCCAAACUCCACUGUGUCUUAAAAGCCGUUUCAGCCUGUAUAUCUGAACUCUAGUUGUUCCCACACUGCCAAAAAAGGGCCACACCCCAAAUAAAACAUGUUUAAAUAAAGUUUCCUGUCCGACACACAGAUAAGCGCUCAUAAAUCAGGUUGUUUUCUACAUUUCAAAAGCACACUGGCAUCAAACACCGUCUGUGUACGAUCAGUACCUACAGUAUGUGAAUCAACAUGUCCUACAUUAUGUUUAACUGCAAGCUAAUAAAGAAAGUUGCUCAUAUUUUG